AUGGCCCCGGUGCAAUCGUUGUGGCUCCGCUGUGAAACCAAGCCGGCCGAGCAUCGCUCGGCCCUGACGCCAACUACGGCCAAGAAACUCAUCGACGCAGGCUUUGACAUUACCGUCGAGCGCGAUCCGCAGCGCAUCUUUGACGACAACGAGUUCGAGGCUGUCGGAUGCCACAUGGUCAACUAUCACUCGUGGGUCUUGGCGCCGCGCACGAUGCCCAUUCUGGGUCUCAAGGAGCUGGACGCGCCUGGACCGGACUUGAAGCACACGCACAUCCAGUUUGCGCACUGCUACAAGCACCAGGAGGGCUGGGUCGAUGUGCUAGGUCGCUUUAAGCGCGGUGGCGGCAAGCUGUACGACCUCGAGUUUCUGGAAGAUGAGAACGGUCGUCGCGUGGCUGCUUUUGGCUGGCAUGCCGGCUUUGCCGGUGCCGCGUUGGGUCUGCUGUCGCUGGCUGAGCAGCUCCAGGGCCGACGCCUUGGUCCGCAGGCGGCGUACCCGAACGAGGACGAGUUGCUCAAACGGACGCGCGCGGCUGUCGAGGUGAUCCGCGAGCACCGUCAGGACAAGCGCGUCACGGCGCUCGUCAUUGGUGCGCUGGGCCGUUGUGGCCGUGGCGCCAUCGACUGUCUUGUCAAGUCAGGUGUGCAGUUGGACGACGUGGCGCGCUGGGACUUGCAGGAGACGUCAGCGAAAAGCGGGCCGUACCAGGAGAUUGUGGACUCGGAUUUGUUUAUCAACUGCAUCUACUUGUCGAAAAAGAUUCCGCCGUUUGUCGAUGCUGCUCUGUUGCAGCAGGCGGGCUCGAACCGCCGACUCGGCACGAUUGUGGAUGUCAGCUGUGAUACGACGAAUCCCCACAACCCGAUCCCGAUUUACUCGGUCAACACGACCUUUGAGCGUCCGACCGUCGGUGUGCCGGGCGUCGACGGCCUCGAGGUCAUUUCGAUCGACCACCUGCCGACACUGCUGCCGCGCGAGUCGUCGGAGGCGUUCUCGCACGACUUGCUCCCGUCGCUCCUGCAGCUUCCCUACAUCCAGAACGACGAGCAUGCCCUGGAUGCUUUGCAGAAAGAGCACGCCGAGGGCCAAGGCGCCGUGUGGGCGCGUGCGGAGAAGCUGUUCCAGCACCACAUGGCAGACGCUGUGGCGCACGGUGCGUAA